CGGGACCCAGCCUGGUUGCCCUGGUAACCGGCGUCGCGGUCGGUCUAGACGCCGCUGCCGAGAUCCAAGAGCCUAUUUAACUCAAUUAUGGAGACAUCUUCAAAGGGUCUGUAUACACAAGCUAAUCAGUUAUGGAACCUCCUAGAUGAUCUUGCUGAAAGUAACCCUGAGAGCUAUAAGAAAUUCAUUAACCAGCAGCUGAAAGAAGGCAAAGAGCUCUGGGCGGCCCCAGAACCACAGUUCUGCCUAGAGACCAGGAUCCUGAAACCAAAGGAGAAAAAGCUUUUUAUCAAUCUCUGUCAGUGGAAAAGGAUCCCAUCUCCCGAGUCAGCCACUCAUCCAAUACCUAUAAGUAUUGGCAGACCAGAAGAUACGUCUGAGGCAUCAGAUAUUUACACAGUCAUCGAUGUUGCCUUCAAUCCUGAGGUCCUUCAGGCUGCAGAAAAUGACCACGUUAGAAAAAAGGAAUUAAUACGAAUGGUCAUGAAAUGCAUUGAAGAAAAACAGCACUUCACUCUCUCUCAGGCUUACCAUAUUACCAAUUUUAGAAUGAAAGGAAAUAUCCAGAGGACGAAACAAAAUCUGAUGGGAAUCCAAACAGAUUUAAGAGAGAAACCAAGAAAAGAACUAACUCUUGAACAGAUAAGCAGCAAUACUACAAGCAGUUCAAAUUACUUACCUCAACUUUUACUGACAAAAGAGCAGAGUUCCAACAAAGCAGGGUGUUUGAUAGAAGAGAUUUCCAGUACAGAAAUCCAAAUGGAGGUGAAGAAACCAGUAUAUGAACUAAAAAUUGUUGAAGAACAGAAUGAGAAACCUCAAAAAAUUGAAUUAAAAGUUGAAUUACCUGGUAUUAAUUCAGUCUCUCUCUGUGACCUUCACGUUUCUGAGGAUGAUUUAUUGGUAGAGGUCUCUGAGAAGUACAGACUGCAUCUGAAUCUCCCAGAACUUGUGGAUGUUGAAAUGACUACAGCAAAAUUUAUCAAAGAAAAAGCAACACUAAUCGUGACAAUGCCACUUGCACAAGAGAGGAGCAUCAUGUGAUUCGGAAGUUCAGUGCGGAAGUGAUGUGAAUCUAGAACCUUCAUUGUGAUUGAAGAGGUAGUGGUUUAUCUUAAGUUUCCUAUUUCCUAAGAGUCCUUUUGAUAGAAUGAGAUUUUCUCAACGACUGUUUGCUUUCCUUAAAAACUUAUUCCUGCUUCUAAGUUUGGCAACAAAAAGAAACUAG